UUGCAGGAUACCUUCACACUUCCGCCGAUUGUGCAUACCAUAGAUACUCAGUUACUAAAUGGUGCUUUAUCAUUCAUAAUCAUAUCGUACGUGUUUAAUAAUUCGAAAAAAUAAUAAAAUUAUUAUACAUUUUUGCAACUGUAUUGGGUAAAAUGACUAUGAUGUGUUAACUGAAUAAUAUUUAAUUUCAUACUGACAUAAAAUACCGUUAUGCGCAUUUACUGCGUGCACAGUGAAAUUUCAUUGUAAAAUAUAACUACAAGUUUUGUCCAACAACAAGCAGUACACAUGACAUGUUCGAGUUUAAAUUCUGUUGUGCUUGUGCCCGUCAAAAAUAUGUGUUUUUGCCCUGCAACGAAGUCAAACAAUUAUUUAUCUUCGAUAUAACUAGUACCUAUUAACAGGCCAAUAUUGAUAGUUUAACAGAAUUUAAUUUAUUUCUAGUGGAAUAAGAGGCUGUGCUUUGCAAAAUGAAACCUAUUCAGUGGUUUUCUUGUUCAACUAAUUUUAACGUCAAAAACUAUUUUGAAUUUGAGGAAGUUUAUGAUCAUCCACUAAAACCUGUCACUGUGAUGACAAUAGAUGGUCAAUGUAAUUCAAAACGUGGUAAUAUAUGGAGUGCAACAGGUACAAAUUCUUCAACUAGAACACCAACUCCUACACAAAUAACUCCAAAUAUUAGCUCUGUAGGAGAUCCUCUUGUCAAUCAUUCUUCACUUGAUGGUUUAGAUCCUCUUACUCAAUUUGUUAGAGAAGAAAUGGAUCCUCUUUCAAAAAUUGCUGCAGAUGAGUGGGAUUAUUUACCAAAUUCAUCGUUACCUAAUAAAAAAAUAAAAGAUCAACUAAGUGAUUUAAUUGAACCAUGGUCUUCUUGUAAAAUCAAUGUUUUGAAUAAAUAUACCACAUUAGAAAAAUUAUCUAUGGUUACAAGUUUUUUACCAGGAGGAGAAAAAGUUGUAAUGAAAGUCCAACCUAAUGGGUUACCAAUUGAUAAAAUUAAGACCAGAUUAGGACAGUUAGAUAAUUUUGACGAUGGUUCCAUUCGACAAAUGCAUGGUUUAACACAGCAAGAAUAUGUAGCUCGCAUUGAACAGCUAAAUAAUGAACUUGUUAAAGCUUGGAAUACAGAUCAGAGAGUGAAGGCUCUAAAAAUAGUUAUACAGUGUGCUAAACUGUUAGUGGAUACAUCAGUUAUAUCAUUUUAUCCAAGUAAAUAUGUUUUGAUAACAGAUAUUUUAGACACAUUUGGGAAAUUAGUUUAUGAAAGACUAAAAGAAAAAGCAAAGCAGGAAAGUAAAACUUUACCAACUUUUUUCACCCCUGAAAUGGUUUCAGAAAAUGCUAAAGAAACUUGUCAAAAUUGGUUUUAUAAGAUUGCUUCAAUCAGGGAACUUGUACCUCGGCUUUAUGUAGAAAUGGCCAUAAUGAAAUCAUACAACUUUUUAACCACAAGCGAAUUUAGUACAAUUUUGAAUCGAAUCACUAAAAUGAUCAGAGGAAUUGGAGAUCCAUUAGUAGCUAUAUAUGCCCGAUGUUAUUUAUGUAGAGUAGGUCUCUCAUUGCAAACUUCGGAUUUUACUUUUGUAAAAGAAAAUUUCUAUGACUUUUUAUUUACGUACAAAAAAUUGUUUUCGCCAUUAAUUAAAAGUAAAGUGUCAAAACAGAAUGUCUGUCUAAAUUUAUACUUAAAUUUAUAUACACCAGCAUUAGAUUGGAUUUUGCAAGUAUUGGUUGCAACUGCAUCUGAAGAUCUUUUAAACGAAGUCUUGAGCAAGUGCAAAGCUCAACAGAAUAAUGCAUUAUUGUUAAAUACAAUUUUAACAUCAUUUAAACCAAACUAUGUAGUUCCACGGUAUAUGGAAUUCAUAAAUUUGAUAGAAAUGAGCCAAGAUCAUGAUUAUCCUCAAUAUCAUCUAUAUAGAAGUUUGGGAGAAUGUUUAAUACAAAAAACUCUUCCCAAACAGGAUAGUCAAAAUAUUUUGAAUAUUGUUUGGAAUUACAUGAAAAAUUUAAAAGAUUCUACAAGAUUUAUGCAUGUCAUGGAAAUUUGGAUACAAUUUGCAUCAAUUAAUUUUUCGGCAACUGAAAUAAAUUUGUUUCUUGGUGAGAUUAUAAACCAUCUUGGACCAAAUCGAUCUUUUGAAUACUUUUAUUCACAAUUACAGAAUAUAACAGAAAAGUUAGUCAAUGCGACUCAAGAUUUCGAUGUUUUACUUACAAUGGAUAAUUUUUUACCACUGAUAGAUCUUUUUCAAAAGGAAAAUAUCAAAGUUGAUGUCUGCAAAAAUAUUAUUGAGGGUCUGAGUAAACAAAGUAAUCCAAUUACAGACCCAAUAGUUAUAAAUGCCAUCAUGUUUAUCCUAAGAAUCAUUCAUGAUUCAGUCAGUGCACUCACAGUAGCAGAUGAAAAGAAACAAAUUAGUUUUUUGAUAUGCAAUAUUAUCCAAAAAAUAGAUCAUGGACGAGAUUUUGAAAAACAAUUGAAUUUUUAUGUGGAAGCAAGAGCUGCUUUUCAGAAUCUUGAUGUCGUCCAUAUUCAAUUAGUUCAAUGUGCAAAUAGACUAUCAAUCGAUACUAGAAAAAUUGUUAAAGGACACCAUACAAGAAGAACGUCUUCUUUCGUACAAGCUUGUGCUGCAUUUUGUUACAUUACCAUUCCUUCAGUAACGUCAAUCUAUACAAAACUUAAACUUUAUUUAUUGUCAGGUCAAGUAGCUAUACUAAAUCAAUGUUAUGGUCAAGCCGAUGCAUGUUUCAAAGCGGCUAUCAAUAUGAUUUCGGAAAUGCCGAAAACCAUGGAUAUUGAAGGUUGCAAGAUGAAUUCGGAGCCAUACUUGUACUCAUAUAUAUCGAAUUUUUUAUCUACAUUGCUUGUUAUUCCGGAUAAUCCUGACAAUGGAGUUUUAUAUCUAAUAAGAGGUCUCCUAAAUGUAGUUCAACGUUAUUUUGAUGAUAAUAGUACAUAUAAAUCACAUCUGUAUUUAAAAGUAUUAGAUUUAUUAUCAAUUUCAACUAGAGACGUUUACCCCUAUCAUAUAAAUAAAGUUGAUUCCAAUGAUAAGCUCUAUGGAUCAGAUGAAAAGUUUAUCAAUGAAAUAAAUAAAAUAAGUUCAAAGGUCUUGGAAGAAUUAUUGAAUCAUUUGGGAUAUUUGAGUGCAUCUGAUCAAACCGACAAACAUUCUAUUUUGGCGCAUGACAUUUUUGUUUGCAUUAUUUUAAGAGCUGAUUUAACGAAGCCAUGGUUAUUAGAUUUAGCCAUAAAUUUAUGGGAUUCCACAAAAUUACUUGGUAACUGCGACUCAAAAAUAAAAUUUAAAACAUUAGAAUACAUUAAAAAAAUGAGUCAAUUGCCACAAUAUCGCCAUUUCAAUAUAUUGAUAAAAAAAUUAUCACAGUAAUUGUAACAUUAAGUUUUAAUUGAAGAUUUUAAUUAAUUCUCACGAAAAAAUUAUGAAAAUUAACAAAGAACUGUGUUAAAUUUUUAUUUCAUAAAAUUGAAUAAAUUUAUAUUAAUAAGUUUUGUACAUAUUUAAUACGAUUUCUCGUAACGAAUUUUAAAUAAUAAAUUAUCAACAGAAAAUAAAAAAUAUAUUAUUUUAUUUUGUUCAUAACAUGUAUUUUAAUUAUAAUUUAAUUCAAGAGUAUUCAUUUUGAGUUUUCGCUUUUGCACCGUGAACUUUAGUUUGCUGCUCUUCAAAACAAAACAUAUUUUUUCAGAUCGUAUGAAUUUAUCUAUUUAAAAGGUGACUUUUUCACCUACAAAUGCUAUAGAUCCUUGGCAAAAAAUUUUUAAAGGCUUUUGCUCUACUAGAUAAUAAAUCACCCUACGCUUAGUUUGAUCCAAUGGGCAUCAGGGACCAUUUAGAAAAUUAUUUUCUCUCCAACUGAAAACUUUUGCAAUUUUUU